AAGUUUCACUCAUCUGCAUAUCCAUGUCACCCAAACCCCCUGCUCUACUCCGAUUCUGCAUGCCAUUUUCAUCGAAAGCCAAAUGGAAUUCAAAUCAAGAACUGAGCUCAAAGAUCUCUCAUCCUACUCUACUCCUCAUCGAGUCCUGCAAUUCCAUGUCCCAGCUCAAGCAAAUCCAGGCCAAUAUGACAAGGACUGGCCUCAUAUUUCACACCUUCCCCGUCAGCAGACUCCUUUCCUUCUGCGCUUUGGAUGAUUGUGGAGAUGUACAUUAUGCAAGGUUGCUCUUUUCACAGAUUUCAGAACCCAAUGUGUAUAUUUGGAAUACCAUCAUUAGGGGUUACGUUAAGGCUGAGCUUAGAGAAAUGGGAUUGUCCAUUUUCAGUGGAAUGAUUAGGGAAAAUAUAGAAAUGGAUGAAAGAAGCUACGUUUUUGCGCUGAAAGGUUGCGGGUUUUUAGGAGGGUUUUGUGUGGGGGAGUCGGUGCAUUGUAGGAUUAGGAAGCUCGGCUUUUGUGAAUAUUUGGUUUUGAAGAAUUGUUUGAUUUAUUUUUAUGGGGAGAGUGGAAGGAUGCUUUGUGCGAAGAAGGUGUUUGACGAAAGUUCUGUGAGGGAUGUGGUGUCCUGGACUUCAUUAAUGGAUGGGUAUGUGAAAAAGAGUAUGGCUGGUGAGGCAUUGGCAUUAUUUCGUACAAUGUGUUGCAGUGGGGUUGAGCCGACCGAGGUUACAAUGAUAGAAGUGUUCUCUGCAUGUGCGCAGAAGGGGGACUUGAAGUUAGGGAAGUACUUUCAUGCUUUUAUGGAGAAGAGAGGUGUGAAAUGCCGUGGUCUGAAUUUGCUGAAUGCAAUACUGGACAUGUAUGUAAAGUGUGGUUGUUUGCCUAUGGCUAAAGAGCUGUUUGGGAAGAUGGAAGAAAAAGAUGUUUUUUCAUGGACAACUAUGAUAAACGGGCAUGCCAGGUAUGGGGAAGUGGACCUAGCAAGGAAGUAUUUUACUGACAUGCCCCGUAGAAGUGUUGUAUCAUGGAAUGCGAUGAUUGCGUGCUAUUCACAGAACAACAGACCUGGGGAGGCCUUGGAGCUUUUUCAUGAAAUGGAGAGAGAAGGUGUGGUGCCCAUGGAGAGCACUUUGGUGUGUGUGCUCUCUGCUUCUGCUCAAUCGGGUUCCUUGAAUAUAGGCAAACGGGUUCACGAUUACUAUGUUAAGGAAAGGAGGAUUCAGUGCAGUGUAAUUCUGGUGAAUGCGCUAAUUGAUAUGUAUGCAAAAUGUGGGAACAUUGAUGCCGCUGAGGAACUCUUCACUGCAAUGACCCAAAGAGAUUUGGUGUCCUGGAAUUCAUUGAUAGUCGGGUGUGCUUCUCACGGGCUUGCUGAGAGGGCACUCUCUCUUUUUGACCAAAUGAUGACUUUAGAGUUUGUUCCUGAUGAGAUCACAUACGUAGGCGUUCUCUCGGCAUGCGCUCAUGGGGGAUUGGUGAACGAAGGCUGGGGGCAUUUCAGGAACAUGAGAAAAUUCGGGUUAAUGCCAGUAAAAGAGCAUUAUGCAUGCCUGGUUGAUUUGCUCAGCAGAGUUGGGCGACUCGGGGAUGCAUACGAGGUUAUAAGAACAAUGCCUAUGGAAGCAGAUGCAGCUGUUUGGGGUGCCCUUCUCAAUGGUUGCAGAAUGCAUGGGAGUGUUGAGUUAGGAAGACUCUCCGGUCUAAAGCUCUUAGCUUUGGACCCUGAAGACAGUGGCAUCUACAUGCUUCUUGCAAGUCUAUUUGCGAACGAGCGAAAAUGGGUUGAUGUGAGUGAGUUCAGAGGCAUGAUGAGAAGUAAAGGGGUCAAGAAGAACCCGGGGUGUAGCUCGAUAGAAGUGGAGGGAAGGUUUCAUGAGUUUGUUGCUUCAGAUAGGUCACACCCUCAAUCCAAAGUUAUACGUAAGGUGCUUGAUGAGAUUUUCUUCGUGUCGAAAUUGGAAGACCAACACCAUACACUGCAAAUGUAAUUCAUGACAACAGUCUGUUUGCCUAGUCCAUGCAAUGUCCCAUGAUUUUGUCCUUAGUCUAGGAACUUUGCUGAUUAGUUCUGCCAAGAGGAUAAAUUAUGGGUCUACCU